AUGAAAAUUGGAGCAUAAUAAAAGUUUAUUAUUUGCAAUAUUAUUGCCUCACUACUGAUUUUGAUACUUGGUAUAACACAAAUAAUUGCUAUUUCAAAUUCUGGAUUGCUUUUAAUAUUAGAUUUACUAUUCUCAAUUAUAUUCUUGAUUUUGGAAUGGAAAUAAAAGUUCAUAAGUUAAACAAGUGAUUAUUAUUUGGGAGUUACUCAAAUAAUAAUGAUCAUAAUUGAAAUUGAAAUGCUUAAAGAGAUUGCACAUGAAGUAUUUACUCUUAAAUUAUACCAAGGGAUCUUUUAUUUACAUAAUACUCAAACUCUUUGCCUUGAUUUAGAUUUUGUAAAUAUAAAUACUUUAAUCGCUAAUAUUCUUUAUUGGACUUACUUAUUUGAUAGUAAGAUUCAAUGAAUUCUAGUAUGCUAUCUCAUACAUUGGAAUUGCUUUUGCACCCAUAAUUAUUGUAAAAUCCAAGCAUAGCUUUAGAUUUAUGAGCGAGAGGAUGCUAAUGAUCUUUUAGAAUUAUUGAGGGAAACUUUGCCUGCUUCAAUUCUUGUCAUCGAUAAACAAACAAAGAAGCCUCUCUAUCAUACCAAAAAUCUAGAAACUGAAUUUAAAUAUGAAAUUCUUCAUUCUGAUGAAUUUAUAAAUUGUCUUAAUAGUUUCUACUCUGAAAACAAAAUUAAAUUACAGUGUAUCAUUGAUAGUUUCAUACCUCAAAUUUAUAGUGCUCGUCAAAAUUUCAAGAAUUUAUUUUCUGAAAUUAUGGACAAUUGUUAAUAUCUAUCUUAGAGUCCCUUAUUUAAAAGAUUCUCUGGUUAAUUUGAGUCUCCUGAAGAUGAAUUAAAUGAAGAACGAGAACAUAAACAUGAUAAUGAAAUUAUUAUUGAAACUCCAAAAAAUAAAUAAUAUUCAAAACCUUCAAUCCUUUUAAGUGAAGAGACUCCAAAACAUUAAAAAUCUAAAAUAUUAGAGGAAUUAAUAAUUAAAAGUUAAAGUUAAAAAACUAUUUGUCUAGUUUAAUUAAGAAAAAAGAAAUUGAAAAUUAAUUUAAAUCAUUGUCUAUGGUAUAGAAGAUAAGCAUUUAUGAUAAUAUUGUAAAGUAAAGAGAUAGAUAAAUAGUUGGAAAAUUUAUAAGAACAAUUAAAUUAAUAAUAAUAAAUUAGUGAAAAUAAAGAUUUAAUUUUAGCUACAGUAUUUCAUGAUUUUAAAACUCCAAUAAAUGGUAUUGUAUCCAUUUUGGAGAGUUUAGAUUGUAAAAGUGAAAUAACUUAAAUAGAAAAAUAUUAUCAUAAUAUAAUAAAGAAAAAUGUUUAUUUAAUGCUUUAUAUGAUUUAUGACAUUCAAGAUUAUGCAAGAAUAUAAAAGAAAUAAUUAAGAUUAUGUUUAACUGAUUUUUAUAUUAAUGAAAUAAUUGAUGAAGUUAUUGAAAUGUGUUCAAUUUAAGCAGAAUAAAAAGGAGUUGAAAUUAAAACAUAUUAUGAUAUUCCAUCUUAUCAAAUUCAUUCAGAUCCUAAUAGAAUUAAGUAAAUUAUAAUGAAUUUUUUGUCUAAUUCAUUAAAAUUUACAGAAUAAGGUAAUAUCACAAUUACUGUUUCAUCACUCAAUUCUGAUAAAUCUUAACAUAUUAAAAGAAGUAAUACUUCCAAAAAUAUACAAUAUUAAGUUGGAGAUUAAACUAUCUAACAAAUAAGAAAAACUUUAUAAGGAAGAUUUUAAGAAAGUUCCAUUAAUAAAUUAGUAUAUAAUAUAUCAAUAGAAGAUACUGGUUGUGGGAUACCAGAUAAUAUUAAACCAUAAUUAUUUAAUUUAUUCGCAACUUUUUCAAAUUAAAAGAUUGAAAAUAAAAGUGGUACAGGAAUUGGAUUGAUGGUCUGUAAGAAUCUUGUUGGUUUACUGGGUCCAUCUGAAAAUAUUGAUCUUUGGAGUGAAUAAAAUGUUGGAACAAAAAUGUCAUUUUAAAUUUAUGCAAAAUUACAAGAUAAUUCUAUUAAGUCAGCUAAUUAUAUAAGUUGUUUUAAAUAGGAACACUCUUCUUAAUAUCUAAGUAUCUAAUAACAUGAUGAUUCAUUGAAUGGGAAAGAUAAUCAUUAAGUAAUAGUGAGAUCAUCUCUUGUGAGAAUCUACACAAAACUUUAAGAAAAGACUGAAAAUGAUAUUAAUGAACCAUCUUCAGAAGACCCAGAUUAAACAAAGAUAAGAAAUAUUAUGAAAUUUUAAUCUUUGGGUUAAAAAAUAUUUAAUUAAAAAACUUAUUAAAAAGGGGAUUCUUAAGAGGUAUAGGAUCCAAGAUAAAAAUUAAAAUAAGUGUUAUAAAAUAAGAAAUUUGGUAUUUUAUUAGUGGAUGAUCAAAUUUUUAACUUAAUAGCAUUUAAGACUCUACUUUAAGAUAUGAUUUCUGGAUUGGAUAUUAUUGAAGCUUAUAAUGGACAAUAAGCUAUAAAUAAAGUAUUUUAAUAAUUGUAUUUAAGCUCUUGUAAAAUUAAAAAAAUUUAAAUAUCAAAUAUGUAUUUAUGGAUCUAUAUAUGCCAAUUUUAAAUGGAUGGUAGGCUGCUGAAAAGAUAAGAACAAUGGUAAUUAAUUUUAUUAUUAAUAGAUUAAUGAUAGAGAAAUAGAUAAUGUUAAAUUAGUUGCAUUAUCUGGUUUUGAUGAUGAAGUUGAAUAAGAAAAAUGUGAAAAACUAGGAUUUGAUGCUUUUAUACCAAAACCAAUUAAAUUAGAAGUUAUUGCAGAAGUAUUUUAUUAACUUGAAAAUAAGCAUUGA